CGCCGCCCGCCUGGGACCGGGCCGCGCCUACCGCCGGGUCCGCGGGGCGGGGUCCCGGGGCAGCACCUGCCCCGCCUCGCAAAGCCGCCUCCGCCAGCGGAGACCCCUCCCUGUCUGGACCCCAGCCCCGCCUCCGGACUCUUAUUACAUCACCUCCUCCUGGGAGCUACCUUGAUUGCCUCACCUCCUUUCUUGAAAACUAGUGUCUCAGCAGAAGUUAACUGAAGCCUCGUGUCAAUGCCCUAAGGGAGUGUCGUCAGGAGGGGCCCAGCCCCUGUGAUGUGGAACACCGCUCUCAUAUUCAUCAGCUCGAGUUGCCUGAGGCCCCGCUGCUCCUCAGACCAUGUUUAACGGGGAGCCGGGUCCAGCCUCAGCCGCAGGCUCCAGGAAUGUGGUUCGGAGCUCCAGCAUCAGUGGCGAAAUAUGCGGAUCCCAGCAGGCGGGGGGUGGGACAGGGGUCACCACUGCCAAGAAGCGGCGCAGCAGCCUUGGGGCCAAGAUGGUGGCCAUCGUGGGCCUGACCCAGUGGAGCAAGAGCACACUCCAGCUCCCCCAGCCUGAAGGGGCGACCAAGAAGCUGCGCAGCAACAUCCGGCGGAGCACGGAGACAGGAAUCGCUGUGGAGAUGCGGAGCCGGGUCACGCGCCAGGGCAGCCGAGAGUCCACGGAUGGGAGCACCAACAGCAACAGCUCCGACGGCACGUUCAUCUUCCCCACCACCCGGCUAGGGGCUGAAAGCCAGUUCAGCGAUUUCCUGGAUGGGCUGGGACCAGCCCAGAUUGUGGGGCGACAGACACUGGCAACGCCACCAAUGGGGGACGUGCACAUUGCCAUCAUGGACCGGAGCGGCCAGCUUGAGGUGGAAGUGAUCGAGGCUCGGGGUCUGACCCCCAAACCUGGCUCCAAAUCUCUCCCAGCUACCUAUAUCAAGGUUUACCUGCUUGAGAACGGGGCCUGCUUGGCCAAGAAGAAAACAAAGGUGGCCAAGAAGACCUGUGACCCCCUAUACCAGCAGGCUCUGCUUUUUGAUGAGGGGCCCCAGGGCAGGGUGCUGCAGGUAAUCGUCUGGGGAGACUACGGCCGCAUGGACCACAAGUGCUUCAUGGGCAUGGCCCAGAUCAUGCUGGAUGAGCUGGACCUGAGUGCCGCCGUCACCGGCUGGUACAAACUCUUCCCCACGUCCUCCGUGGCAGACUCUACGCUCGGAUCCCUCACCAGACGCCUGUCCCAGUCCUCCCUGGAGAGUGCCACCAGCCCCUCGUGCUCCUAAGGACCUCAGGAAGAGGCCGGGAUGCAGUGCGGGAAGGGGUGCCUGCUGGCCCACCACCUCCUCCCCUGUACAUAGUCACGUCUUUCUGGCCCCUUUACCCUGCUGCAUGCCUGUUGGCUACUGGGCCCGUCCCAGCUGGCGGUGGAGACUGUAGUGUGUGUGCGUGUGUGUGUGCGUGCGCGCGCACGUGUUUGUUUGUGUGUGUGUGUGUGUCUGUGUGUCUGUGUGUGACCAUGUUAUAUCCGUUCAUCUGUCCGGGUAUAGUCAGUCUUGGUGACUACGUGGGCUGGAAUCUAUGUCUCUGUGUCUUGUUGAAAAGAAACCCAAAGGCGUCUUGUGUG